AUGGAAAUCCGUAGUCCCUACGACUCAGACGGCAUCGUCGAGGACUGGGAUGCUGCUGCAAGGCUGUGGGAAUACAGCAUCACCUCACGCUUGACUGGUGCCCGACCAACAUCCGCUGCCAAGAACGGCCUCAACGACGACAAGAAGGAAGGAGAGGAAGCUGGAGAUGGCGACGGUGAUAUCGCUAUGGAGGGUAUCGAGGAGCAAGAGAAACCAAUGAGCGAACACCCACUGCUCAUGUCAGAGCCUGCUUGGAAUCCUGCAAAACAUCGCGCAAAGUGCAUGGAGAUUGCCCUCGAAGACUGGGGUGCUCCUGCCUUCUGGCUAGGCAAGACUGGUGUUCUGGCAGCGUACGUUCAUUUCUCCCAGAGAGACAGAGUACGCAUUGCUGACUGUGUUGUAGUUUCGCUUCGGGCAAGCCUAACGCUCUUGUCAUCGACAUCGGAGCUAGCACGACCUCGGUCACACCCGUGCAUGAUGGCUUUGUCCUAA